AAGAAAGAAAGAAAGAAAGAAAAAGAAAGAAAGAAGAAAGAAAGAAAGAAAGAAAGAAAGAAAGAAAGAAAGAAAGAAAGAAAGAAAGAAAGAAAGAAAGAAAGAUAGAUAGAUUAGGGAAGAAGGAAGGAAGGGACUAUCUCCAUAUGCUUUAAAAAAGGGGAGGGGGCUUCGGGAUUUUUCAGCAGGGGUCAACCUUCCUCCCGGGAUGCAGUAGGGGAGCGGUGGGAGAGACAAGCCGGCCCCUCUCCCCGUUGCGCUGCUGAGCCUCCGUCCCCGAUGGAGACUGAGCCGUUUUGAAAAAGAAUGACUUUCACUGACCGGAUUAAUGCCAGCUUGAAUGGGAACCACACAGGAGAAGCCGGUGGGAUUAACGGGUCCUUGAGCAGAGAAGAUGCCUUCUCCAACACCAGCGCCUCCGUAACUCAGGGACUGAGCCUGCAGUCGGUGGGCGUCGGGGUCUUCCUAGCCAUCUUCAUCCUCUUGGCGAUCGUGGGCAACAUCUUGGUCAUCCUCUCGGUGGCCUGCAACCGGCACUUGCGGACGGUCACUAACUACUUCAUCAUCAACCUGGCCAUCGCGGACUUGCUCCUCAGCACUACCGUCCUGCCCUUCUCGGCUACCUUGGAGGUCCUGGAUCUGUGGGUCUUCGGCCGCAUCUUCUGCGACAUCUGGGCCGCCGUGGACGUCCUGUGUUGCACCGCUUCCAUCAUGAGCUUGUGCAUCAUCUCGGUGGACCGGUACAUCGGGGUCAAGUAUUCUCUCAAGUACCCCACCAUUAUGACGGAGAAGAAGGCCGUGGUUAUCUUGGGGGUGGUCUGGCUCUCCUCCAUGGUCAUCUCCAUCGGGCCCCUCUUGGGUUGGAAGGAAGAGCCUCCCGAAAGCGAGGAGUUCUGCACCAUCACAGAAGAACCCGGCUAUGCCCUCUUCUCGUCGCUCUUCUCCUUCUACUUGCCCCUCUUGGUCAUCCUGGUGAUGUACUUCAACAUCUACGUGGUGGCCAGGAGGACCACCAAGAGCCUCGAAGCCGGGGUCAAGAAAGAACGGAACAAAUCCAUGGAAGUGGUGCUUAGGAUCCAUUGCCGGAACGUCUUGGAGGAUUCGUUGGCCAGCACCAAGAGACAUACCUUCAGAAGCUCUCUCUCAGUCCGGCUUUUGAAGUUCUCCAGGGAGAAGAAGGCAGCCAAGACAUUGGCCAUCGUGGUCGGGGUCUUCAUUCUCUGCUGGCUGCCGUUCUUUUUCGUCCUGUCGUUCGGUUCCUUCUUCCCUUCCCUGAAGCCCUCAGAAAUGGCCUUCAAGAUUAUCUUCUGGCUCGGCUACUUCAACAGCUGCGUGAACCCCAUCAUCUACCCCUGCUCCAGCAAAGAGUUCAAACGAGCUUUCAUCCGCCUGCUCAAGUGCCAAUGUCGUCGGAGGCCUAUCUGGAGGGUUUAUGAGAACCCUUGGCGAGCGGCCUCCAUCAACGGCUCCAGACGGGACUCGGAGAGGGAGCCCCGUUCCCGGAUCUCCACACUCAACGGCGGCUCCUUCAUAUUGAACUCCAGCAGCUUGGAACGAUCGAGCAAGAGAAGGACUCUGAACUUCAAGAGAUGGAGGAUAUUUUCUCCCUUCCACAAACCCAGCAUCCAGCUGAAGGAGACGAUGAACAGCCUCUCCCACAAGAUGCGUGGGAGCUCCCUCCGGGGCGGCAUGGCGGCCUCCUUCAAAACAGAGGUGGAGUCGGUUUCCAUUGGCAUCCCCAAUGACUUCUUGGAAUGCAUCGACUAUCAAAUGUACGAUAAUCUGACGGACUCUGAAUCUUGCGGGCUUAAAGAAACGGAUAUUUGACGUUAAUGGGGACCGUUCGGGGUUCUUUUCUGGGUCCCGUUUGGUUUGUCUCCAUCUUAUAAGUGUUUGGUUGACAAAGGCUGGUGCACUCCGUGAGUGAGACAGAUAGACUAACCAAGGUAAUCACACCCCGUUGGUAGAAAUCCAGGGGUGGGCUUCAAAAAUUUUAGCAAGGGGUUCUCUGCCCUGUUGCUGGGUGGGCGUGGCCUAGUUGGCCUCCUGCACCAUAGUGGGGAGGUGGUACUUUGGCCCUCCCCAGGCUCCGGAGGCUUUCCUCAAGCCUCCGGGAUGGCGAAAACAGCCUCCCCAAGCUCCGAAGACUCUCUGGAGGCCGGAAACUGGCCCGAACUUCCGGUAGGCCCGUUUUUCACUCUCCCCGAGCCUCCGUGCGCGCCCUGCACUUACCUGCAUCCAAAACGGGAUGCGUGGGGACUCCUGAGAGGUGAGGGGUGGGCAGGGCCAGCCAGGAGUGGGAUUUGGGGGUUCUCCGAACUGCGCAGAAUCUUAGCUAGAGGUUCUCCCGAACGCUUGCGAACCCCCAGCAGUCCACCCCUGUAGAAAUCCAUGUUUUGCAUACAGAAGACACCAUUUUCCAUUUGACACACAACACGCACCUUUGUCGGGGUCUUGGCGGUCUCCGAGCUGGGUGGUUUCCUUGCAAGACGUUUCAUGACCCAACUAGGUAGCAUCAUCAGUGCUGGAAGGGGGUUGGGUUUUCUCUCUGUUUUUAUACAUACAACCCCUCUCCUUUCUAGCAUUGAUGGUGUCACCUAGUUGGGUCAUAAAACGUCUGCAAGGAAACCACCAAGUUCAGAGAGCACCAAGGACCCCACAAUUCAACCCUCAACUACAAAUAUUCUCUUUGAUUGGUAUGCAUACCCUGGUCUCCGAUGAGUAAAGAGCAAGUACAUCAUAACCCUGGUUGGAAACUGAGUUUGUUACCUAAAGAAAGUCAGAUGGCCACGAUGUUGAGAAGGAUAAACACAGCUUGUCCUCAACUUACGGCCACAAUUGAGCCCCAAAUUUCGGUUGCUAAGUGAAGCCGUUGUUCAGUGAAUUCUGCCCCAUUUUACAACCUUUCUUGCCACAGUUACUAAGUGAAUCACUGUUAAGUUGUUAAGUUGUUAAGUUAAGGCUGUAAAACCUGGCACGAACUCCCUGAACAGUUGCCCAGCUUCCGAAUCUUUGAUUGCCUGACCACGGUGAUACGGCAAUGGUCAUAAGUUUGAAAAACGGCCGUAAAUCAUUUGUCCAGGGCUGUUGUAACUUUGAACGGUCACUAAACAAAUGCUUUAUGGGUCGGGGACAGUUGCAAGCGGUUGUAAGUGAGCCUUACAACCUAGGUUUUGAGUUUCUUGGUCUCAGAAUAUUCCUUCGAAAAUGUUGUGCAGGUUUUUCAGUUGUGUAAUCAGCGUUAUGCUAUGUCAAACAUUUUGAUUCUUUCAACAACAACAAAAAUCUUGUUUCCCUCUGUUUUUUUUUACUGUCUUUUGAUGGAAAAGAUUGUUUUGGUUCAUCGUUUUCCAGGCUGAGAGGUCUGAGGGGGUCCCUGGUUGCAUUUUCCCCUUCCUUGAAAAUCUCAUUUUAAAAAAAAAAAAUCAAAAGGAAAUUCCUGUCUUUGGGUGUUUUUUCCCAAACGGGGCUGCCUGGCCUCUCUUGAGGUGGCAAAAUGCAAAAUAUGAUGGCUGUCUUAGCAGUUUCCAUCCCCCCGGCAUUCAAAUCAGCUGAAAGAAAAUUGAGGAAGGUCUUCAGGGCACGGCGGAAGGCACCGAGGUCUUGAAUUCUUCGUAUCUCUGGAGGCAGUUGAUUCCAGAGAGCAGGUGCCCCCACAAAGAAGGCCCUUCCCCUGGGGGCCACCAGUCUACAUUGCUUGGCCGAUGGCACCCUGAGGAGGCCCUCUCUGUGGGAGCGCACCAGUCGGUGGUGGCAGCAGGCGGUCUCGAAGGUAUCCAGGUCCUAUGCCAUGGAGCGCUUUAAAGGUGAUAACCAACACCUUGAAGCGCACCCGGAAGACCACUGGGAGCCAGUGCAGCUCACCCAGGAGAGGUGUUAUGUGGGAGCACCAUGCAGUUCCCGUCACUACCUGCGCGGCCGCAUUCUGGACCAGCUGAAGUCUCCGGGUGCUCUUCAAGGGGAGCCCCAUGUAGAGAGCGUUGCCGUAGUCCAGGCGAGAGGUGAUGAGGGCAUGAGUGACUGUGCACAAGGAAUCCCAAUCUAGGAAGGGCCGCAACUGGCGGAUCAGGCGAACCUUAUAAAAAGUCCCCCUGGCCACAGCCAUCAGAUGUUCCUCCAAGGACAGCUGUGUAUCCAGGAGGAUGCCCAAGUUGGUCAUGCUAAGAUUUCUGGACUUCAACUCCCAGAACACCUCAGUCAACAUGCUGGCUGGGGAAUUCUAGGAGUUGAAGUCUACACGUCUUUUCCUUCCCAUUAGGUCAAUGUUUGGCCAUGCUAAGAUUUCUGGACUUCAACUCCCAGAAUUCCUCAGCCAGCAUGCUGACUGAGGAAUUCUGGGAGUUGAAGUCCUCACAUCUUCAAGGUUGAAAAUCACAGCAUCAGGGGAACAAAAACCAACAACAAAAUAGUUCCUCUUUGUUGUUGACUUCAUAGGUCACAACUGAGUUCAUCCGAUGCAUUAAGUUAAUUGGGGGGAAAAAAAGACAAAACUGCAAGCCAGAAUCUGCAGCACAGUCAUGGAUGGUGGAAGCCAAAUUAAUAACUUACUGGAGUAGUUAUUUCUAUUUUCUUUCAAGUACUACAUGUCCUGGAACUGUCAGCUCCGAGUUAGCCCAAAAUAAUUGUCCCCAAAAUAUUCCACUUGUACUAGAACAGGGAACUCACUCAACUCCGUGGACAUUGCAUUUUGCCAAGUGAUUUGGCACAAGGGUUCCUAAUCCUAACUAUCCCACAGAAUAAAAAUAAAUGCAGAAUAACAGAAUCGGAAGGGACCUCGGAGGUCUUCUAGUCCAACCCCUUGCUCAAGCAUGGGACUCUGUACCAUUCUGGACAAAAUUCAUGAUUCGGAAUUCAACAACUCAUAAAUCAGUUGCAUAUCUUUCAGGCCAGAUGUGAGGUGCGACUGGGCUACCUCCUCACUGCCUAACAGGAGGGCCAAUAAUGGGCAAUAAUGCAGGUAGUCCUCAACUUACGACCACAAUUGAGCCCAAAAUAUCUGUUGCUAAGUGAAACAUUUUUAAAGUGAAUUUUGACUCAUUUCACGAUCAUUCUUACCACAGUCGUUAAGUGAAUUUACUGCAGGUGUUAAGUUAAUGACACGGUUGUUAAGUGAAUCUGGCUUCCUCAUGGACUUUGCUUGUCAGGACGUCACAAAAGGGGAUCACACAACCUUGGGACAUUGCGACUGUCAUAAAUACGAACCGGUGGCCAAGGGUCUGAAUUCUGCUCGCAUGAUCACGGGGAGGCUUACAACGGUCGUAAGUCUGAAAAAUGGUCCAAGCUCACUUUUUUCGGGGCUGUUGUAACUUUGGUCACUAAACAAGCUGUUGUAAGUCGAGGACUACCUGCCAUGUCACAAAGAAUUAUUUCUAACUUUGUCGAAUUUUAUGCAGCCCUUUCAGAAAAACCCUCCUUCUGCCAUCUUCUAAAUCAGGGUUUGUUUGGGGUUUUUUUCCCCAAUUUUGGUAACUUUAAAGAUGGGCGGACUAGGGAAAUUCUGGGAGUUGAAGUCCGGCCAUCUUAGAAGUCGCCAAGAUUGACUCAAAAACACCGUUGUAACUCUGAACGGUCACUAAAUGAAUUGUUGUACGUCGAGGACUAUCCGUAGAGGUUGAUUUUCAAGUACAAGAAUGCAGAAGUGAGGGGACGGAAAGAAGAGACGUGGCAUUCGAGAGAAAAAAACGGACGCUUGAUUUUUUCAUAAGUAUAAUAUGUCAUUCUAAAAUUGUGGGCUUGUCCGAACUUCAUACAUCGGGCUAAAAAUUCGCCAUCGCCGACCCAACGGAAAAAGCGAAGACGUCCUCUGCUUUUGUGUCGGACAGAUGUUUUCUAAACCUUUCUAUUUUAUUGUUUACAAAAAAAAACCAACUGUGUACAUAGGUGUGCAUUUCGUUGAACAAAGAUCUUUGGCUAUUCUAACGCCCGGUUCUUUGGCUCCCUUCCUCUUUAAAAUCUGCAAGUGUAUUUAUUCGCGGGUGGGAAGGAGCGGGAAACGAUGGAUGAAAUUCCUCUCGACUUUUUUCCCCCAAACAGAAUGUAACGUUAUAUCUUCUGUUUCUUUGUACCAAAUACAUGCACAAUUUUUCCUUCGGGGUGUUGA